UUCCCAUUUGGCCCCUUCGUUGGUUUUUUCCGUUUCGCGAGUAAACGACAGAAAAGGCAACAGCAGCAACAACUCGUGUGGUGCAACUGCAACGAUGAUGGGUCUGAACAAGCUCGGAACUGCGAUAACGGCGAUAACGGCCGUCACUCUUUUGGCCCUAGCCGCGGAGAUCGUGUACUUGCUGUGGCAACGCCGUGAGAGGCUCCGUCCGCGCGUGCGCGUGGAGCCGCAGGAGGCUUCGCUUCACCGCACUUCCUCUUCUUCUUCCUCCUCCGAGACCGAUGACGUGGACCUCGAGCUCGAGCGACACGUGUUGAAGUGGCACUGCCUAAGUAACGGUCCCUCCAGAGUGCUCUUCACUAUCAAGGAGGAAGAACGAGAAGAGGUUGAGUCCGACAACGGUAACGGUUCCUCCGCUGAGUCGUGUAACAAAAGAGCGAGGUUGAGUCAGCGCGUGGACGAGGUUACGGUCGCCGUUGAGCUGGUGGACGAAACGACGCCGUUUUCGACGCCGUGUGCUUCCCCUCCGUACUACACACCCCACGCUUCGCCGUGCCGUGAGGAGUGUCGUAAAGAUCACGACGGUGGCAACGGAGGAUGAGUGAGUGGUAACGCUUAAACGCCGUCUCUGUCACACCCACUUGGUUGUUAUGGUUAAGUUAAACACAACCACCUCGUAUGUAAUGAAAACGUAUCAACAUGUAGAAUGUUAAGAUUAGUUUAGAUUAGGGUUAGAUUUAGAUGAGGGAGUGAUUCAUGGAUUAUUAUCGAUCAAUGGAAGUGGAAGUGGAAGGGAAAGUGCUUACCACUAUUACUCAACUGUGUUUCAA